AUGGGCCACAAAUACGUGAACAAUGGAUCAAAUCCAUCCAUGACACUUUCACAUACUGGUUGUAAUAUCUGCAUGCAAAUUGACUUUCUAUUGUAAUAUAAGCUUUGUAUCAUUAGUUUACAAAAAUUUGUUUUGUUAUGAUAAGACUAUUGACAGAUGUACAGUAGGUUACUUGUAAUCUCACAGUCACAUAAAAGCAACGAGUAGGUUUUCAUCAAAAAGAAAGGAGGACCAAGGCACUCUUCAUAUAAUUAAUUUAAAUGCCUUUAUAUGGCAUGUUCAAUGGAAACAAAGUCUAAAAACUCCGACACGUUUCGGCUGCAUGGCCUUUGUUACCAAAGAGCACCUUCUGUCUAACAAAAUGGACUAUGUGUACCUUAGCAGCGCUUCCCUUCCUUCUCUUUUUUUAUACAAGUAUGUUUUCAUUAUUUGAAAUGACUAAAUCUACAGAUUGUGGCUUUAAGUGCCCAAUAACUAACUGUAUGCAAUGUUAUAGUAUAUGCGGCAUAAGUGUAAACCACCUUUGCUAUAGCUUUCAGCCAGCUGUGGAAGUCAAUGUGAAAAGAUGUAGGGCACAGACAUCCUGGAGAACUUUGAGAUCUACAUCCCUUUAGAGGCAGAGGUGAAAAUCACUCCUAUUCAGACUCUGCCAACCUCCAUUUUGAGAGUGAUUGGGUGCCCCGCACUCACAGUGGCAGUGCCAAGAAAGGGUCCUCGCCUUCAGCCACGUGGAACUCUCCGAUGGUCAUCCGGGAGAGAGGCUGUUCACCGGCCAGCCCAACAGUGGACACCGCCAAGAUGAACCUGACCUCACUGGAGACAACAGAAUCCAAGGCAGCACAGGGUCCCUUCUUCAUGACCUUCGUCUACUCCAGCUGCACGGCCUUCAGAGUCCUCGGGAGCUCCUGCCCUGCGGACAGAACUUCAGCAGGGUACCGCUCCCCAGAUCACCCCACUCCCCCAUGCCCCCCCCCCCUCACCCCCACCAGGAUACCAUCAUCAUUGAACACAAGAGGAUCUUCCUGUCAAUCAAGAGACCAAAGACUGCCAGAGGAAAGAGACAGGACAGCCCUGACCUGAGAAACUCAUCGUCUUCCCUGGCCCCUCCACAGACCACACAAAGAAAACCGAUCUUCCUCUCACCUGCUAGGAAGAGCCAGAGGAAGGAAAGGCCCUGA